GAUCCUAUGCCCUGGUUCCCAGCGAUGAAAAGUUUACCUCUGUCGGUGUCGAUUAAGUCAAGGAACAGUUUUGUGGUUAUAAAAGGGAAGUUACUCUAACUUUUAGCUUGUCAUGAAGUAAAGACAGAAGAAAUGGUUCAGUCGUUCGAAGAAUUUUGUGGUGGAACUCUAUGGGAUGAGACCAGAUUACUGAAUGGUAGCUACCCAGAGUUCACAGACUGUUUCCAGCAGACGUUACUUGUUUGGGUGCCAUGUGGUUUCCUGUGGCUCAGUGCACCGUUCUACCUUUAUCACCUUCUGAAUGUUGAUGGAGUUACUCGUCCUCACUCAUUUCUGAGUGUGGCCAAAACGUUUAUUAGUGGUGUAUUAUUUUUCCUGUCCAUUGUUGAAUUAUUACGAGAUGCUAACAAUAAAGAUGAUGAAGAGGCCAAUAAAAGAACUCACAAUUCCCUGUUUGUAGCUCAUUCACUUAAGGCUGCUACCUAUUUGUUGACAGUAGUAUUGAUAUACCUUGAGAGAAUCAAAGGAUUUAUUACGUCAGGAGUUCUAUUUAUUUUCUGGUUUUUGACGUUAGUAGUUUCAAUAAUACCUUUCUACACAUUGAUUGAACAAGAUGUAUACCACAAGGAUUUCUUCAGAUUCAGUAUAUUUUACGUGUAUUUCUUCCUGCUAUUGGUCCAGUUUGUACUCCAUUGUUUUGCUGAGAAGAUAACAAGAAGAGGAUAUUAUGAAUUAAAUACAAAACAGUGUUUGGAAGUAGAAUCUUCAUUCUUAUCUCGUUUGACAUUUUGGUGGAUGACUGGACUGAUUGUAAUAGGUUACAAGAAACCAUUAGAAGAGGCGGAUAUUUCAGAUCUUCACCCGAGAGACAAAAGUGAUGUUGUUAUACCAGCCUUUGAUGAAGCUUGGAAAAAAGAAUAUGCUAAACAUGAAAAGAUCAGAGAAAUUGAAGAAGAACUUUCUAUAGAUAAAAAAAGUGUUGAAUAUAGUCAGCCUGCACAAUCCAUUAAUCGAGAACAUCGAUCGUCAGAGAAAACACCAUUGUUGUCAAGACAACCAUCUGUUACGUUUAAAACAGGAAAGCCAGCAAAGAAAGAAAAUAAAGGCUCCCUAUUUAAAGUACUGUGUAAAAUAUAUGGACCAUCUUUUUUGAGAGCAUGGUUCUGUAAAUUCAUGUAUGAUUUGAUGCAGUUUACCUCACCUAUACUUUUAAGUGCUUUGAUCAGUUAUACAACUAAAAAACAAUUAAAAUCAACUGCAGAACCAGAAUGGCAUGGUUAUACAUUAGCUGGAGCUUUCUUUAUUGUCUCAUUUCUACAGUCAACAUUUUUCCAUCAGAAUUUUCACAUCGGUAUGAGUACAGGAAUGAGGGCUCGAUCUGCAAUGAUUGCUGCCGUAUACAAAAAGUCCCUUACAAUGAACAAUGAAGCGCGGAAGACAUCAACCGUGGGAGAGAUUGUAAAUCUGAUGGGAGUGGAUUGUCAGAGACUUCAGGAUAUGUCAGGAUAUCUGUGGAUGUUGUGGUCUGCACCGUUCCAGAUUGUAGUGGCUACAUUGUUACUAUGGCAACAGUUAGGACCAUCUGUGUUGGCAGGACUUGCAGUUAUGAUAUUGUUAAUUCCUAUAAAUGGUGCUAUCUCUGUGAAACAACGUAACAUGCAGACAGCUCUGAUGAGAUACAAAGAUGCUAGACUGAAGUUAAUGAAUGAAGUUCUCAGUGGUAUUAAGGUAUUGAAACUGUAUGCUUGGGAGAAAUCAUUCCAGAAGAAAAUUUUAGACAUCAGAAAUAAAGAAUUGGAUAUUCUCAAGAGAUAUGGAUACCUCCAGGCAUUUAGUACCUUCUCCUUCACUUGUGCUCCUUUUCUGGUAACACUUGCCUCGUUUGCCACCUAUGUACUGAUAUCAGAUGAGAAUUACUUAGAUGCACAGAAAGCUUUUGUGUCAUUGUCUCUGUUUAAUAUACUAAGGUUCCCCAUCAAUCUACUACCCAUGAUGAUAUCUUAUGUUAUACAGCUGAAUGUAUCUAUUACAAGAUUAAGCAAGUUUUUGAAGAAUGGUGACCUUGACCCUGAUAGUGUCCAGCACAGACCAUUAGAAGGUGUAGCAAUUAAAGUAGAAGGCGGAACAUUCAGCUGGGACAAAGAACUUCAACCAGCCUUGAAAGACAUAGAUUUAGAGAUUAAGGAUGGUACACUUGUAGCAGUUGUGGGAACAGUAGGAGCAGGGAAAUCAUCUCUUAUAUCAGCCUUUCUGGGAGAAAUGGAGAAACUUAAUGGCAAUGUUAAUAUAAAGGGUUCCAUAGCCUAUGUGCCACAGCAAGCAUGGAUACAGAAUGCCACUGUUAGAGAUAAUAUAUUAUUUGGUAAAGAGAUGGAUGAGUGUAAAUAUAACAAUGUUGUGGAGGCAUGUGCUCUGAAGUCAGACUUUGAAAUACUGACAGGUGGAGAUCUAACAGAGAUUGGAGAAAAGGGAAUUAAUUUGAGUGGUGGACAGAAGCAGCGAGUAAGUUUGGCGAGAGCUUUAUACAAUAAUGCUGAUGUUUAUAUGUUAGAUGAUCCACUUAGUGCUGUAGAUUCACAUGUAGGGAAACAUAUCUUCAAGAAUGUGGUUGGUCGAGAAGGAUUACUACAGAAUAAGACAAGAGUUUUGGUGACACAUGGUAUCCAUUGGUUACCAAUGGUUGACACUGUUGUUGUUAUGUCUGAUGGUGUUAUAUCAGAGAUGGGUUCCUAUGAGGAGUUAAUGAGCCAUGAAGGACCAUUUGCACAGUUCUUAAAGGCUUACCUCACCCAGAAAGCAGAGACUGAGGACGAUGAAGAAGAGGAAGAGGAGGACCCAGAAAUACAACAGAUGAAGAGUAAGAUUUUAGAGAGAUUAGAAUCUGUUACCUCAGAUACUGGUACUGCUACUUCAGGAGAUGAAAGUAAAGUCAGGAAAAGAAGUUCAAAGGGUCAUUCAAAGAAGACUGCAUUGAGCCGUGGAAUAUCAACAUUUGAUGCUCUAGAAUGUAAACCACUGCCUACUCCCAUAAAAGACAAGAAAGAAGUAGAAAAACUGAUAGAAGAUGAAAAAAGGGAAAAGGGAAAGGUUGCAUGGAAAGUAUUUAUGAUGUAUCUGAGAGCUAUAGGACUAGGGGCUGCAUUCUGGAUUUUUAUACUCUACCUGUUGUACCAAGGGGCGUCUAUAGCCUCUAAUAUCUGGUUAAGUCAGUGGACUGACGAUAAGGAGCUUCAGGACAGGAGCAAAGCUAAUACAACUGAGUACAAAAAUAGAAAUAUGAUGUUCCUUGGGGUUUAUGGUGGUCUUGGAAUAGUUCAGGGUAUAAUGGUUCUGAUUUACUCCAUUGUUGCCAUACUAAGACAGGUCAGAGCUUCAGGACAACUCCAUUUCGACAUGUUAAACAAUAUAAUGAAAGCUCCGAUGGCCUUCUUUGAUACAACACCAGUGGGUAGAAUUGUUAACAGAUUUUCCAGUGAUGUUGCCACCAUAGACAGCAUGUUACCUAUGAACUUUAGGAUGUUUCUAGGCACAGUGAUCGGCACAUUGAGUACAUUGGUAGUCAUAACCUACAGUACACCUAUAUUUCUGGCUGUUGUUUUACCACUGGCUAUUGUAUAUUACCUCAUGCAGAAAUUUUAUAUUCCUACCUCUAGACAGUUACAAAGGUUGGAAUCCACAACAAAGUCUCCAAUAUUUAAUCACUUUAGUGAGACUAUCAAUGGAGCCUCUACACUUAGGGCCUACAAAGAACAACAAAGAUUUAUACAGGAGUCACUAGACAGAGUGGACAAAAAUAUCAGCUUUUACUUUACUAAAAUAGCAUCUAACAGAUGGUUAGGUUGGAGAUUAGAGUUUAUAGGGAACUUAAUCGUAUUUUCAGCUGCCCUGUUUGCUGUUGUAUCAGAUAAUAUCUCUGGAGGAUUGGUUGGUUUGUCAGUGUCAUAUGCAUUACAGGUAACAAGUGCAUUAAACAUGUUAGUGAGGAAUUCCAGUGAUCUAGAAACCAAUGUUGUAUCAGUAGAAAGACUGAAAGAAUAUGCUGAAGUAGAAACAGAGGCUGAAUGGAUCAGACCAUUUAGAAGACCUCCACAUGAUUGGCCAAACACUGGAGCCUGUAACUUCAUAGAUUAUAAAACUAGAUACAGGGAAGGAUUAGACCUCGUCAUCAGAGGAAUAUCAUGUCAAAUCCUAGGAGGAGAAAAGGUUGGAAUAGUGGGGAGAACAGGGGCAGGUAAAUCCUCCUUGAUGAUGGCAUUGUUCAGACUUAUAGAAGCUUCUGAUGGUAGUAUUGUUAUUGAUGGACAGAGGAUAUCAGAUAUGGGUCUGCAUGAUCUUCGUAGCAAACUAACCAUCCUACCUCAGGACCCUGUAUUAUUUUCUGGUUCACUAAGAAUGAACCUUGACCCCUUUGAUCAGUAUACUGAUAGCCAAAUAUGGACGUCCUUGGAGCAUGCUCAUUUAAAGAAAUUUGUAUCUGAGUUACCAGAGAGACUGAGUCAUGAAUGUGGGGAAGGAGGAGGAAACUUAAGUGUUGGGCAAAGACAGCUUAUUUGUUUAGCAAGGACAUUGUUACGUAAAACAAAGAUUUUAGUUUUGGAUGAGGCUACUGCUGCUGUUGACAUGGAAACAGAUGAAUUAAUACAAAAAACAAUUAGAGAAGAAUUUAAAGAUUGUACAAUAUUAACUAUAGCACAUCGUCUCAAUACUAUUCUGGAUUAUGACAAAGUAAUGGUACUAGACCAAGGGUUAAUAAAAGAAUAUGACUCACCAGACAGUCUAUUAAAGGACAAAACUACAGUAUUCUAUGGAAUGGCCAAAGCUGCUAAUAUUGUCUCAUAAACCAUUGAGGGAAUCGGUAUCAUUUUUUAAUACCAGAAAGUGGAUUUGUUGUGAAUGUUUGGAUUGUG